AUGACGACCAGCAGCAGCAAGCGAGGCCACCUCAUCGUCUUCGAGGGCCUUGACCGCUCGGGCAAGAGCACACAAUGCGAGCGUCUGGUGGAAUACCUCCAAUCUCAGGGGCAAAAAGUCGAACAUGCCCGGUUUCCCAACAGGUCCACUGUCAUUGGACAGAUGAUCAAUAACUACCUGACCGGAACGAGUCAGCAAGAAGACCACGCUAUACAUCUCCUGUUCUCUGCAAACAGGUGGGAGGCGGCGGAGAAGAUUAAGUCUUCGAUCGAGUCUGGUACGACGGUGGUGAUUGAUAGGUACUACUAUUCUGGCUGUGUCUACUCCGCCGCGAAACGGAACCCGACCAUGGACCUUGCAUGGUGUAGACACAUGGAGGUCGGACUGCCUCGGCCAGAUCUGUGCUUGUUUCUGGAUAUCACCGCGGAGAAAGCUGCUAUUCGCCGCGGGUUUGGCACGGAGAGAUACGAGAAGCAGGAGAUGCAGGAUCGCGUGAGGGAGCUGUUCGCGGAGAUGAGGACUCACCCGGACGAGGAAGAGGAUAUUGUGGUCAUUGACGCAGGUGGGACUGUGGAGCAAGUGGAAGCUGCGAUUCAGACGACGGUGAAGCGACGAUUAGGUGAAGUGGAGGCGGAAUCAAGACCUUUGAGAUUCAUUCAGCCCUGGUGA